AUGGUCCUUGGCAUCGUCUGCUUUAUGUACGAGUAUAUUAGAGAAGGACCAUUGCCCGAAAUUUUGCGUGAUAAUUCUAUCACCGUUCCUGGUCCGCCCAUCUCGGCGCGCCCAGCAGCUUUGAUGAGUUCCCAUGAUAAGCCACCUCCAGGAGACGCUCAUGGAAACAAUGGCAUUGUUGAGGACUUUGUAGAUGUAGAGGAGAUCGUCGAAGGAGCUGAUGAAAAUAAUAUGGGGAUGGGAACUGAAACUGAGUUUGAGGAAAUGCACGAAGAUUGUUUGGAUGGUGGAUGGGAUGGCGAUUUUGAUGAAGACCUUCUAGCUUCACAAGAAAAUUCCGAUCCGUUCAUUGAUGGUGUUCGUGAACUUGAAAGCGGACAUGUUUAUCUUACUGUACGACAUAAAAGAAUGGCGGGUAAUCUGGACACUAUUCUACAAUACAUCGCUAAUACCAACUUUGUAGAGAACCACGAUAUUCUAAACAGUUCGAAACCUCAGCAUCCUCCUCUUGUACGGAACGCUCGUGCUUAUGCGUUCUUUGUUGCCGGAAAUAUCGUUUACCCUCAUGAUAUUAAUAGAGAUGACUUUUCGCCAUGGUCAGGAAAUGGAACGGUAAUAACUAAUGUACAGUACCUUCUAGCUGAAAACCCGACCUGCUAUCGUACAAAAGUACGCAAGUUCCCUGUGAUUACGGAUGAAGUUACCGGGCUAUUCCGAAUU